AUGGAAAGUGAGAAUCCAAAGAAAACACAAGAAAUGAAGACUGACCUGAAGUUACUGUUGGAAUGUCUGAAGUAUCACAUGGGCAACCCAUUGUCUCAAAAGGAAAUUUUGAUCACUAUUCGUUCAGUUUGUAAACAAGACAGUGAUGCCAGUAUUUUUUUCCGGGAAAUUGGUGGUUUGAUGUUUAUAAUAGAUCUUGCAAAGUCAAGUGAGCAUAGCAUGGUAAAAGAAGCAGCCUUAUACACAUUAGGAUCUAUUGCAGAAGAAAAUGUUUACUGUCAGCAAUCGUUGUGUACUUCAGAAUUAUUUCAAGAUUUAGCCUUGCUCUUAACUAAUGAUGAUUCAAACACAAAUUUGAAAAGAAUGUCUGUCUAUGUUCUUUUGGUUCUGGUUUCAAAUAAUAGGAAUGGACAAACUCUUGUGAGAGAAAUGGGUUGUAUUGAAAUUCUGUCACAGAUGUUCAGGACAGUUCUUUCCAAUUAUGAGUUGAAUUUGUCAGAUGAUAAUAUUUUCCAGAGUUAUCUGUUAUGGGCUUCAGUGUGCAGUACUCUGUGUGUAUGUGUCAACAAUCCUCAAAAUGAUGAGAAUCAAGUACUUUGUUGUUCACUUUUUCCAUAUGUUAAUGAAUGGCUAAUGAAUUGCAUGAAACCUGAGGUAAUUCGACCUAUAUGCUCAUUUAUUGGACUUACUCUUGCAAAUAAUACACAUGUUCAGAACUGCUUUGUAUCUUCGGGUGGACUGGACGUUUUGUCUCAAGUUCUUGUGCAACUGGAGUCUGAUUCACACAAUACUGUUUCCAGUGCUAAGCUUGGAGUGGUAGUGACAAAGACCAUGGAUGCAUGUAUUACUGAUAACUCAGCUGCUUUUGCAUUGGUAUUAUCCAAAUACCACAUUGUUUCUACACUUCUGGCACUACUCCUUCAUGAAAGUCUUGAUUCAAGAGAAAAAUUUAGCAUCAUACUUACCAUUGGUCACUGCACAGAGGAUUGUGAGAAAAAUCAGUAUGAACUUUUAAAAAACAAUGGGCUUCCACUGAUGAUACAAGCCUUAACGGAAUUUAGGGAUGAAGACCUAAACAAAGCUGCCACUUAUGUGCUUCACAACUGCAAAAACAUUACUGGGAAAUUAUCUCUAAGUCUAGGACAGAAUUCUUGUAGUGAAAAUGAAACAGAACUAAAGGGCAUAAGUGAGAAAGAGACUCUUGGAGAGCACUGGAAGGCAGCAAAGGAAAUUCUGUGCAGAAUAAAACAAUUUGAAAAAGGGAGAAAAGAGGAGAAACAACAAAAUGGACAAUAUAAGGAUACUACCCCAUCUAUGAAAGUAAACAUACAGAGCAAUCUGAAACGUCUCUGUGCAGAUAGCAUUGGAGGCACCAGAGCAGAAGACAAGGACACAAACCAGUCUCGAGAGCUUUGCAGCUAUGAGCCCAGUGAACUUGUGUCUAAAGCUUGUGCAAAUGAAAACCAACUGAAGACUCUGAAAAAGAACACAAAUCCAGUUAAUCCUUUCUAUAGGGAAAAAGGACAGAAUAGGAUUGUGCAUAAAACCACUCCAAGCUGUGCUCAAAACUUAAACGAAGAAAAAACUUUUGACCAAAAGGAUUCUGUUUCUCAAUCAAGUGACCAUGUCCUUAAACAUCUGACUCAUACUGUCAAAAAUAGAAAGCAGCAGGUACAAGAAACAGAUCCAUUUACAUUGUGUUUAGAGAUAAUAGAUAAAGAAGUUGGUUUUCAAGCAACUGACAGCUGUUCCAAAAUGUUAAAAGAUAGGUGCCCAGGUUGCAUAAAAAAACGCCUCAACAGCCGAAAUUUUAGCAAGCUUUUGCACUCUUGUGCAUACCAAUGUGAUCAUCAUAAGGUCGUUAUGGAAGCUGAAGACAAAUAUAAAAAUGAACUAAGGAAAGCAUUUAUCUGUGCAAAAAAAAUUUUGCUGACUCCCUGUAGAAGAAGACAACUUAGUAAAGAAUCUGCUGCCUCUGAAGAACUAAAAAUUGUUCAUCAAAAACCAGAUAGUGAAAACCUUCCAGAUUUGGAAGCACAUGCCUUAAAUACCAGCAUUCCAGAGGCUAAGGAAAGAAGAUCCCCAGUUCCAGGCCAUCGUGGACUACAUAAAAAAAGAAGAACUCGUAAAAACUUUACCAAAGAAGAAGUAAAGUAUCUUUUCCAUGGAGUUAAAAAAAUGGGAAAUCACUGGAAUUCAAUUUUGUGGUCUUUCCCCUUUCAGAAAGGACGGAGGGCUGUAGACCUUGCUCACAAAUACCACAAGCUGAUCAAAGGCCCCGACUGUACAACCCUGUGA